GUGACUGUUCUCUGUGGGGCUUAGGUCCAUCCCGAGGCCAGAGCCUUCCCCCAGGGCAGGGGCAAGCGGCCCCUCCAGGAGGGAGCCGGAAGAUUAGGCAGCUCUAUGUAGGUCCACGUUUAGGUGAAGAGAACCCACCAUGAGGAAGGGCAAAAAGAAGAAGCCGGAGUCCAGACGCCAUGGCUCCACCUCACAGCGUGCCAGCUCCGAGUCCACGCCACAGCACGCCAGCUCCGAGUCUACACCACAGCAGCCCAGCCCCAGAUCUACCCCCCAGCCCAGCCCCGGAUCCACCCCCCAGCCCAGCCCCAGCUCUACCGUGCAGCAGCCCAGCCCCGAAUCCACCCCCCAGCAGCCCAGCCCCGGCUCAACCCUGCAACCCAGCUGUGAAUCCACUCCCCGACAGUCUACACCCCAGGCUCUCCCAGCUCCCGAAUCCAACCCCUCCACCAGGGGCCUGGCGCCUCAGGACACUAACACCAAAGCAUCCUCUCGAUCCAGGAAAACAGGGGCUGUGACUCGUGCGGGCCCACGGGCCUUCUGUUCCUGUUCCACUUGCCCCGGCAGCUCGGCUUGCUGGUGUCGCCUGGGCCUGUGUCACAGCCGCAUCUUUGAUGUCCUCCUUCCUCGGGCCUGGCCCACCAUGCCAGGGAGAGGAUCCCCAAGCCUCCUCACUUUCUACAGAAAACCUACAAGGAAACACUCCACUCAUCGUAAUUCGCGUGCUCCAAGCUCUCGGGACUGCUGCUGUGGCUCUGGGGGCCCUAGGAGCUGCCUAUUACACCAUUGAAUCCUUGUGAGCAAACCCCCAGGCCCACGGUCCGGCAGAUCCAGUUUCCAUCAAGGAUCUCUCUUGUCACCAA